UUUAUACAAUACCAUCACCGCCUGGCUCGGUAUUCAUUCGUUCUCCUAUACUCACUGCAUAGCUAUCGAUCCGUCGAUUGAACUAUUGUCUUAUCCCCGCCCUACGAUUCAGCAAGAUGCGUUUCAGCACCGUGGUGACUACCAUUGCUGUUGUUAGUGGUGUGGCCGACGUUGCUUUUGGCCAACGGGCAUUUGGGGGCGGCCGCGGUAAAGGCCAGAACGGAGGGAAUCAAGGCGGGAAUCAGGGUGGCAAUCAGGGUGGGAACCAAGGUGGAAAUCAAGGAGGCAAUCAAGGUGGGAAUCAGGGAGGCAACCAAGGUGGUGGUGGACAGAACAACCUCUGUCUUGCUGCGGCGAACGUUCAAGAUGCUAGCACCAAAACUGGCCUUGAGGCCGGGGCCGAAGAUGGUCAAGCUGCUGCUUUGACGGAUGACUCCAAUUUCAUCAACUUCUGUACCGGCAAGACGACGACGAAUGGACUACAGAACCGACAGGGGUCAUGUAACGGCAUUGUGAUGGGCGACAUCCCCGCCCAGAACAAGAUGACCUCCGCCAUGUUCAUCGCCCCCGCCUUCGGCGAAACCAUUGAGCCCGAAACCGACUUCCAAAUCCAAGUCCAAAUGAUCAACCUCCAAGCCGGCACCUUCACCAACCCGGACGUCACCUACUACAGCAACCCGCAAACCCUCAACAACAACGGGGAGAUCAUCGGCCACGUCCACGUCACCGUCCAAGACAUGGGCAACAACUUCAACCCCACCGAGCCACUGGACCCCACCCAGUUCGUGUUUUUCAAAGGCAUUAACGACGAGGGCAACGGGAACGGGCUCCUGUCGGCGGAUGUCGCUGGUGGGCUUCCGGCGGGAAACUACCGGGUUUGCACCCUCACUGGCGCGGGCACGCAUCAAGUGGCCCAGAUGCCGGUGGCGCAGCGAGGAGCUCAGGAGGAUUGUCAGCGCUUUGAGGUCGCGGCUGGCGGUGGAAACGGCAAUCAAGGCGGUGGAAACGGCAAUCAAGGCGGUGGAAACGGCAAUCAAGGCGGUGGGAACGGCAAUCAAGGCGGUGGGAACGGCAAUCAAGGCGGUGGGAACGCCAAUCAAGGCGGUGGGAACGCCAAUCAAGGCGGCGGAAACGCCAAUCAAGGCGGCGGAAACGCCAAUCAAGGCGGUGGAAACCAAGGUGGGAAUCAAGGCGGGAAUCAAGGUGGGAAUCAAGGUGGGAAUCAGGCCGGAAACCAGGCUGGUCAAGGUGGAAAGGGCGGAGGGGCUGGCGGUGGCAGACGAAAUGGAGGUGCCGCCGGCGGUGCCGGUGCCGGUGCUGCAACCAGCGACACAGCGGCCGGUGCCGGUGCUGCAACCAGCGGCACAGCGACCGGUGCCGGUGCUGCAACCAGCGGCACAGCGACCGCUGCCGGAGGCGCAGGAGGUGCGGGAGGUGCGGGCAGGUUUCAGCGAAAGGGGACAAAGUUCGGGGUCCCGAGCCGCUUUGGUGCUCGGCCGUUCGUGGCGUAGGAGCGGACGGACUUGUUAGCAUGAGCGUAGG